AUGAAAAGAUACAGGGAAGAGUUGUCUUCCGACGAAGAUGAAUUACUUAACGAGGCAAUGGAUGCCUUUGAAAGAACGCAGCAAGUGGGUGCUGCUGCUGCUAGCCUGUUCGAAUACACGUUGAGUUCCGACGAUGAUGAUGAUCGUUUACUAAACAAAACCAUGGACGACUUUGAAAAAACGCAGCAAGUGGGAGGAGCAGUGAAAAAGCCCUUGUUCCAAUUUACUUUGAAUGCUAUUGGUCCACGACGCCGCUGGCGUGAGGUCGUAGAAAGAGCUCAGUUUAGGGCAAAACUAAACCAACAAAGAGAACCCGUGAUGGGUGACAAUGUUGGUGAAGAACUGACAAACGCUUUGCAUACAGCAAUACAAACAGAAGUCCUACGAGAGAGAAGAAGUCCGCUUGAUUUCGUAAAUUUCGCAAUUACCGCUGAUGGUUUUUCUCAUGCUUUUCAAAGCAUCAAUUUUAGAGUGGGCGAAUUUUUGAAACGUACCACUCGCUUGCAUGAACUUUUCGACAAUUUAGCGGCAAAGCUCAACAGUAAUGAGUCUUUUGAUCACAAUCAAGGAUUCAACGUAGAAGUAGUGUUUGUCAAGACACCACAACCUGGUCGUGGGAAAAAAAACAGAAAUCCUGGGCAGAGAUGUCUGGAUAAUGAAAAUAAACGGAAACGUUGCAUCAUUCCUAUCAGAAAUAGGGAUGAUUUAUGCUGUCCAAGAGCCAUUGCUACAAUGAUAGCACAUGCUCACAAAGACGACUCCAAUGAUGCCUCAUUUCAUUGGCGCUACAUGAAAGAGGGAAAGGCGGUUCAAGAAAAAGCCGCCCGUGAACUUUGCCAACAAGCAGGCGUGGAUCCUGGCCCGUGUGGAUGGGAGGAAUGUAACAAAUUCCAAGAAUAUUUAAAACCGACGUAUCAACUAUUAGUAAUGUGUCGCACACAUCCCUUUUUUUUAUUUUUUAGGGGUGAUCCUGCCCCCAAGCAAAUUUGUUUAAUCAAGUCUGAUGAUCAUUACGAUGGUUGCACAUCGUUCUCAGCCUUCCUGAACAGGUCUUAUUGGUGCUCGCUAUGCGGGAGAGGUUAUAAUGUUAAAGACGCAAAACAUCACCCCUGUGAAGGGCGCUCCUGCCAUUCCUGCAACAGGACAAAUUGUACCGAUUACAAACGAGAUGGACAACCCACAAAGAUCUGUGAUAGCUGCAAUUGCAGCUUUUAUGGAGACAACUGUUUUGCGCAUCACCUCACGACAAAGCAAUGUCAGACACAUAAGACAUGUCUGAAAUGUUAUGCCGAAUAUCAUGUUAUCAAAGGCAAGCGUCAUCGGUGCGGUUUUACCGCAUGCCCUUCUUGCAAGCAAGUGGUACACUUGCAAAGCCACAAAUGUUUUAUGAAGACUCACGUAGAAAAAGAGUCCCAACCGCAAAUGGAUGAAGAAGGAAACGAAAAACAGCCACUUCCUCCACCCUUAUUCGUGUGGGCCGACAUAGAGGCGAUGCAAUUGCCCGACCGACAAUUUGAAGCCAUCAUGUUGUGCUACAGGACCAGCGAAACGGAAACGAUAAUUACACACAAAGGCAAGGACUGUGUUUGUACGUUUCUGCAUGACUUGGAUGAAGCCACGGACAUACCAAAUGAUGACCGUGAUAGACAGGUUAUUGUAUUAUUUCAUAACCUCAAGGGGUUUGAUGGCGUAUUUUUAAUUAAUGAACUGUACAAGCAAAAGCGCACCGUCGAAAAUCAGCUAACCAUCGGAUGCAAAGUGCUGGCAUUUCAGAGCGGCUCUCUCAUGUUUAAGGACUCAUUGUGCUUUCUCCCAUUUCCGCUAGCGGAUUUUCCGAAGACUUUCAACUUGGAAGAAUUCAAAAAGGGAUUUUUCCCUCACCAGUUUAAUCUGCCGCAUCAUCAAGAGUAUGUGGGUCAAAUUCCCGAGCUGGAAUAUUUUGACCCCGAAGGAAUGACUGAAAAGAAACAGAAAGAAUUGGAAGAAUGGCACGCAAAGCAGGUACGAGACAAUGUGAAAUAUGAUUUCAAAAAAGAAAUGGAACAGUAUUGUCGCUCUGACGUCGCUCUUCUGCAAGCAGGCUGCGAAGCCUUUGCAACGGAAUUUGAGAGUCAUGCGGGGUUUAACCCAUUUGAAAAAUGUGUAACUAUUGCUUCAGCUUGUCAUUUGUAUUGGCGAAAACAUUGUCUUCAAGAAGAUACGAUUGCCGUAGAACCACUAAAAGGGUGGCGUGGGGCCAAUGUCAACCAAUCGACCAAAGCUUUACAGUGGCUUUACUAUGAGGAAGAUCGUAUCCCAAAAAAAGGUGCCAGUGCAGAUCACAUUCUCCAUGUGAGAAAUGGAGGGGAACAGCGUGUCACAACACCAACAGAUUCCUACUUUGUGGAUGGACUGAAUCCUGCAAGCAACACCAUUUAUGAAUUUAAUGGCUGCUUCUGGCACGGCUGCAAAACUUGUCACAGCAAGAAUCGACACUGUAAGCAUGCAACAAAUCCCGACCGAACAAUGCAAGAAUUAUAUAGAGCCACUCUUGCCAAGGAACAAAACCUAAGAACAGCCGGCUAUCAUGUCAAAGUCAUGUGGGAAUGCCAGUGGGAUGAGGCAUGCAAGACAAAUCCUUUUGUCAAGAACUUCGUAUCCACGCUGUCAUUGGUGGAACCUCUCGAACCUCGACAAGCGUUCUUUGGGGGCAGGACUGGUGCUAUAGCGCUCCAUGCGGUGGCAGGGGAGGGGGAGGAAAUACGUUAUGUUGACGUAACCUCCCUCUACCCCUGGGUAAACAAAAAUAGCGUUUACCCUAUAGGACAUCCCUCCAUCAUCACAAACCCACGCAAUCAAGACAUCAAAGAUUAUUUUGGACUGGCGACUGUGGAUAUUCUUCCUCCGGCUGGUCUAUUCCACCCAGUCUUGCCCGUGCGCAGUGGAAACAAACUCACUUUUCCUCUUUGCAGAACGUGCGUGAAAGAGGAGCAAAUGAAUGUCAUGCUGUCGAGAAGUAGUACUUGCUGCCACACGAUCGAAGAACGAACCUUAAGAGGGACAUGGACAACGCCUGAAAUCCAAAAAGCUGUUCAAAAGGGUUACAAAGUUGUAAAACUUUAUGAAGUGUGGCAUUUUGCCGAAAAUCAGCGACGAGAGGGGCUGUUUGCACAAUAUGUAAACACGUUUCUAAAGCUGAAACAAGAAGCGAGCGGAUGGCCUACGGAAGUGGGAGAUGACCCUGAAAAACGUCAACAUUACAUUGCGAAUUAUCUCCGACAUGAGAACAUUCAAUUAGACCCCGACAAGAUUGAGAAAAAUCCAGGCAAACGAGCUACAGCGAAAUUGAUGAUGAAUUCAUUUUGGGGCAAGUUUGGGGAGAGACAAAAUAAACCCAAGACAGUCACCAUCACGCAACCAUCCCAACUAUACCCCUAUUUGUUCUUGUCCAAUUUUUUAGUAAAAAAUCUACGCAUCUGCACGGACGAUGUCCUCGAGGUAGUGUUUACGGAAGUCAAAGACAAUGUUGUUCCAAGUGUGAAGACAAACAUCUUCAUUGCAUGUUUUACCACAGCGUGGGCGCGACUUAAACUGUACGAGGCCUUGGACACCCUCCAAGAGCAGGUACUUUAUUAUGACACGGACUCCGUGAUUUAUCGAUGGAAACCCAAUGGGCCGGAAUUACCUCUGGGGCAAUACUUGGGACAAUUCACCAAUGAAUUGGACGAUCCCAAUGAUUACAUUACGGAGUUUCUUAGCGGUGGAGCUAAGAAUUACGGAUAUAAAACAUUUCAAGGCAAAACCGUAUGCAAAGUCAGGGGGUUUACAUUGAAUGUGCGAGGCAAAGAGGUCCUCAAUUUUGAGACAAUGAAAAAAAACAUUCUCAGCGAACUUGACGACCCACAGGAAGAAAGGCGUGUAAUCAAAGUGACCAAUCCCAAUCAUUUCAAAAGAGACAACACAAACAAGUCAAUCAAGCUUGUAAACCAAGUAAAGCAAUAUGGACUUGUUUUUGACAAGAGGGUCAUUGAUCCGGAAACUAGAAUUAGCUAUCCCUUUGGGUACAACAGAGUGUUAACAGAACCCGAUAAACAGUGA